AUGAAAUUGACAACGGCCAUUUCUCUGCUCCUUGUGACAUCGGCUUCUGCCUUUGCUCCUUCCACCCCAAGUACUUCCAGUACCAGAAGUACCGCCUUGUUCAUGGCAGAAGAUGGCGAAGUCCAACCUCUCCGCAUUGGAACACGUGGUUCUCCACUUGCCAUGGCACAGGCAUUCGAGACUCGCAAGCGUCUUCAAGAAAUUUUCCCUGAACUCACUGAAGAUGGCGCCAUCGAAAUUUGCGUCAUGAAGACUCAGGGUGACAUGAUCUUGGACAAGUCACUCAUGGAACUGGGAGGAAAGGGACUUUUCACCAAGGAACUCGACGUCGCGCUUCUCGGAGACGAAGUCGACAUCUGCGUGCACUCUAUGAAGGAUGUACCCACAUGGCUCCCAGAUGGAACCAUCUUGCCAUGCAAUCUGCCACGCGAAGAUACCAAUGAUGCCUUCAUCUCCAGGGAUGGAUCCAUCACCACCAUUGAACAGUUGCCAGACAACUCCGUCAUUGGAACUGCUUCUCUCAGACGACAGGCACAAUUGAUGGCCAAAAACCCAACCCUUCAGUGCGUCAACUUCCGUGGAAACGUUCAGACUCGUCUGCGAAAACUUGAAGAUGGAGUUGUAGACGCUACACUUCUCGCCAUUGCUGGACUCAAGCGAAUGGGAAUGGAUGGAUGCGCCACUUCUGUCCUCGAUUGGGAGGAAAUGCUACCUGCCGUCGCACAAGGUGCCAUUGGUAUUCAAUGCCGAUCCGACGACGAACGCUCCCUCAAAUACAUUGAAGCACUCAACCACCCCGACACCAAGGCAUGCGUCGAUUGCGAACGAGCUUUCUUGGAAGCACUCGACGGUAACUGCAAGACACCCAUCGCCGGACAAGCCAGAAUCGUUGACGGGAAGAUCGCCUUCCGAGGAUUGAUUGCCAUGCCAGAUGGAUCCCAAAAGUUCGAAACAACUUCCGAAGGUGAAAUCGCCGAUGCCCACUCCAUCGGAAAGGCUGCAGGGGAAGAACUCAAGGCCCAAGCCGGGGACAAAUUCUUUGAAAUGAUGGUGGAAAUGUCACCCCAACAAGUCCUUGGACAAAUCACCAAGUAA